GGCUUACAAUUUCGAUCCAUUCAUAUAUUUCAAGCGCCAUGCUCUCGAAAAGCUGGAGAACGUUGAAAUAUCUCUUCUACUUUGUCAUGACACACUACCAUCCGCACGAUUUUGCUACUAUCCCUUCUCACAACAGUUAUAUCUUUGAUCCCAAUUUUACCUCUCGUCAAGACAGAAAACUGUGGACCGCUCGGUCGUAUCUCAACUUCGUGGCUCUGCACUGUCCAGAUGGAGCGGGAGAGGCGGUCGUUAAGAAGAUAGAGUUCAUGAAGUCCACAUGGGCCCUGAACCAUAAGUAUCUCCUCUUCUACGUUAAGGACUGCCAUAAUAUUCCUGGCAGGGACACUGUUAUCUGGGUAGAGCACUUCAUCGACGACAAUCCCAAUCAGCCUUCACCAGAGUCUCCGAAGUCCGAUGCCUCGAUGAUACCCUCACUUGAACCUCCCCUGAAGGAGAGCCAUCUCCUUUCCUCUAAAUCUGUCGCUCAUGCCAGCUCUUGAAUUUCCCCCUCUUUGCCCUGUGGUCUGGCUCUCGACAUCUUUUCUGUU